AUGUCCUGCCAGCAGAGCCAGAAGCAGUGCCAACCUCCUCCCAAGUGCCCCUCCCCAAAGUGUUCUCCAAAGUGUCCCCCAAAGAGCACAGCACAGUGUCUGCCUGCAGCCUCUUCCUGCUGUGCUACAAGCUCUGGAGGCUGCAGUGUCCCCAGCUCUGAGGGAGGCUGCUGCCUGAGCCACCACAGGCUCAGGUCCCACAGAUGCAGGCGCAGGAGCUCCAGUUCCUGUGACCGUGGCAGUGGUCAGCAGUCUGGGGGCUCAGGCUGUGGCCACAGUUCUGGGGGAUGCUGCUAA